AUGAGGCAAAAAAGCCCUGGUAGAGAGUGGGAUACUGCAGGACAAGAACGGUUCCGAACAAUCACUUCCUCGUACUAUCGUGGUGCUCAUGGAAUCAUUGUUGUUUAUGAUGUCACUGAUCAAGAUACUUUUCAUAAUGUGAAACAAUGGCUUCAGGAAAUCGAUCGUUAUGCUUGUGAAGGAGUUAACAAAUUAUUGGUAGGAAAUAAAAGCGAUUUGCAAAAUAAGAAAGUUGUGGAAUAUACAGUUGCCAAGGAGUUUGCUGAUCAUUUGAGUAUUCCGUUCUUGGAAACAUCUGCCAAGAAUGCUACGAAUGUUGAACAAGCUUUCUUGACAAUGGCUAAACAAAUUAAAGACAG